AGGGCCUGUGUUUGCUUCACACUGUAAUUGCAUCGCCAAUUCGAUUUCUUUCUGGCGGAGAAAGAGAAGAAAGUAGAGAGGGUAGCAGAGAGAGAAGGUGGAAAAAAAUGGCAGGAGUGGUGGGAGGAGAGGAAGAGUUGGAGGAGUUCUACGUGCGGUACUACGUGGGGCACAAGGGGAAGUUCGGGCACGAGUUCUUGGAGUUCGAGUUCCGCUCCAAUGGCAUGCUUCGCUACGCCAACAACUCCAACUACAAGAACGACACCAUGAUUCGCAAGGAGGUCUACGUCACCCCAGCCGUCCUCAAAGAGUGUCGCCGUAUCAUCCUCGAAAGCGAGAUUCUAAAGGAAGAUGAUAACCAAUGGCCAGAACCCGACCGCGUUGGGAGGCAGGAGCUUGAGAUUGUGAUGGGGAACGAGCAUAUCUCUUUUACUACUUCAAAGAUUGGAUCCCUUGUUGAUGUGCAGAGCAGUAACGACCCUGAAGGGCUUCGCAUAUUCUAUUACCUUGUUCAGGACCUGAAGUGCUUCGUAUUCUCUCUCAUUUCACUCCAUUUCAAGAUCAAGCCAAUUUAAGACGAUAAAUCACUAGGGCCUGGUGUUUUCUAUGCAAUGUGCAUUGGAGUUGUGUUUGCUACUGUAACAGUACCCUUAUUUUUGCCAUUUGAUAGCUUAGUACUUCAAUUGUUACCACCAGUAUGUUUGUGGGGGUGAUUAAUUGGAUUUAGGAAUAUGUGAACACAAAGGUUGGAAUGUUACAAUAUGUUACCAAAGCUUCAGCUUUCUGGUAUACUAAUUGUUUCCCAUGGUUUUGCUA